CGACAUCGUUUACAUCCUUGUUUUUAAACCCUAUUCCUGAAUUCUGAGGACCCUUUCUCUGCAUCUAGCUUUUAUCGGAGCCGCUUUCUCCACUCGACCCCGCCACAGAAAGAAGUAGAAAUCGUAUCUAACCCUAAGCGUGGGUGUUGUGAGUGGUAAGAAGAAUGGCCGAGUACGACCUAACCCCGCGGAUGGCGCCGAAUCUGGACAGGCACCUUGUGUUCCCCCUCCUGGAGUUCCUGCAGGAGCGCCAGCUGUACGACGACAACCACAUCCUGAAGGCGAAGAUCGACCUCCUCAACAACACCAACAUGGUCGACUACGCCAUGGACAUCCAUAAAAGCCUAUAUCACACCGAGGAGGUACCCCACGACAUGGUCGACCGCAGGGCCGAGGUAGUCGCCCGCCUCAAGUCCCUCGAGGAGGCUGCCGCCCCCCUCGUUGCGUUCCUCCAGAACGCUGCUGCCGUGCAGGAGCUCCGUGCCGACAAGCAGUACAAUCUUCAGAUGCUCAAUGACCGAUAUCAGAUUGGUCCUGCACAGAUCGAAGCAUUGUACCAAUAUUCCAAAUUCCAGUUUGAGUGUGGAAACUACUCUGGUGCUGCUGACUAUCUUUAUCAAUACAGAGCUUUGUGCACAAAUAGUGAAAGGAGUUUGAGUGCAUUGUGGGGGAAGCUGGCAGCUGAAAUUUUGAUGCAGAACUGGGACAUUGCUCUUGAAGAGCUCAAUCGCUUGAAGGAAAUCAUUGAUUCAAAGAAUUUUGCAUCACCUUUGAACCAGGUGCAAAGCAGAAUAUGGCUGAUGCAUUGGAGUCUGUUCAUCUUUUUUAAUCAUGACAAUGGGAGAACACAAAUAAUUGAUCUGUUCAAUCAGGACAAGUAUUUAAAUGCUAUCCAAACUAGUGCUCCACACCUUUUACGAUACUUGGCCACAGCAUUCAUUGUUAACAAGAGGAGGAGGCCUCAAUUCAAGGAUUUUAUUAAAGUUAUUCAACAAGAGCAGCAUUCAUAUACGGACCCUAUCACUGAGUUUUUGGCUUGUGUUUAUGUCAACUAUGAUUUUGAUGGGGCACAAAAGAAGAUGAGGGAAUGUGAAGAAGUGAUUCUCAAUGAUCCCUUCCUUGGCAAAAGAGUUGAAGAAAGCAACUUUUCAACUGUACCACUAAGGGAUGAGUUCCUUGAAAAUGCUAGGCUAUUUAUCUUUGAAACAUACUGUAGAAUACACCAACGGAUUGACAUGGGAGUGCUUGCUGAGAAGUUAAAUUUGAAUUAUGAGGAGGCUGAGAGAUGGAUUGUUAAUCUCAUCCGUAGCUCAAAGCUUGAUGCCAAAAUUGACUCCGAAACUGGAACUGUUAUCAUGGAACCUAAUCAUCCAAAUGUGUAUGAGCAACUGAUAGACCAUACCAAGGCCCUUAACGGACGUACUUACAAGUUGGUCAGUCAACUUCUGGAACACGCACAAGCUCAAACUGCCCGGUAACUGUGUAGGUAGAUCGAUGAGAGUAUUUGUUUUAUCUUUCCUGAUGCAUCAAAUUGUUUUUGGCUAUGAUGUUUAUUUUGGAUUUAGAAUUACAUUCAAAUUUAUGGGUUGUAUACCGCAUGGAGUAAGUUCUUCUGAUGUUACUUGUAUCCAAACAAGUAGUAUUGAUAAACCAUUUUUUGAAGUAGGUUCUUCUGAUGUUACUUGUGGAUCCAAACAAGUAGUAUUGAUAACCAUUUUGCUUAACAUGUUUGCCAUGAA